CCAGUAUAAAUGGCUGAAAGUCAUGAAGGUAAGAGCAGACGCAGUUAAAGACAUAGUGAGGAUAAGAGGUGGGGCGACGCUGUGGUUGUCCGCACAAGAUUGAAGACAAUGUGGUCGGUUCUUCUAACGUAUCAACUCGCCACCCUCCUUAUAGUCCACGCUCAACAUGGCUGUAUCGGACACACCACAUUCAGAAGUCCGGCCAAUUCAGACAUUGAGGUUACCUGUGGCUCUGAGACGGUGGCCCUCGAGAUCCUCCUGUGUCCCAUAUAUUUCAACGGAUACAACGAGUCGCUGGUGUCCCUCAACUCGCAGCACUCCAUACAGCAGUGUAAAGGGGUCGCUGACUGGUCGGUGGAUCCACCUGUUGUCAGAUUCAACUUCUCCCUCACAGAGGAGGCCAUCGCUGUGUGCUCCAACACUCUGACCGUUACAGAGGAGACGGGAACUGGAUUGUUUGCAGACUUCUCCAACGUUCAGCACAUCAACGUCUCAGGAAUGAUCUGCUCUAAAGACCCAACCACGGGAGCCAUCACCUAUCACCAAGAGGUGAUGUACAAGUUCUCCUGCCGCUACCCGCUUCAGUACCUGGUGAACAAUACUCAGAUGAGUGUGGCUGGGACGAACCUGGCAGUAAAUGACAAUAAUGGGAGUUUUAUCAGCACGCUGAGCAUGCAGCUUUUCUCGGACAAUGCUUACUCCUCCACGCUGCAGAUCCCUCCAGGAGGCCUGGACCUAAAGACCAGGAUCUUUGUAGAAGUGAAAGCAUCCAACCUCACCUCCAGGUUCAACGUGCUCCUGGACAGAUGUUACGCCACAACUUCCCUCUUUCCCAUCAAUACCACGAACUACGACCUCUUUGUUGGGUGCAAUCGAGACGGUCAGACAGUAAUGGGAGUCAACGGAAUGCAGCAGGAGGCUCGCUUCUCCUUCGAGGCUUUCCGCUUUGUCCACGGCGCAGAUGAAAUGGUUUCCAUCUACUACUUACACUGUGCCACGAGGCUCUGUCUGAAUACCUACUGCCCUGGGCUCAUUCAGAACUGCAGCAUCGACUCCAAUUUGAGAAGGCGCCGCAGUGCCGACGACAAAGAGGACACCACAGUGAGCGACAUGGCGACCGUCACCUCAGGCCCCAUCGCCAUCCACUCAGGCAAAGGGUAUCUGGUGGCGGCGGGAGGAGCUAAGCAGAAUGAAAUAAACAGUGCCGUGCUGGCGGUUUCCAUCGUGGCGGCCAUCGUCGGAGUUUUCUGCCUCACUCUGGUGGCUUUCAUUGUUUACCAGAAGUACAACUCCCAAAAUGCUUUCGACAAGACAAUUCUCCACUCAGAGCAGUCAUAGAGGCCCAGCUAUGUGCAGGUGCAAAAGCAUGCGUUGGAAUCUGAAUAAGGAACAUGUCGUCAUUUAAUUGUGAGCGGUGGGGAACUCACGGGGGAGUUUGCUGCAUGAUUAUUAGUCCAGCUGCCAUACUGUGCUCUCAGUAAAACGCAGGUCUUGUUACUUUGUGUAGGUCUAAGUAUAACUAUGGACAAUACACACACUUUUGUUAAAGAAGGGUCUUUACAUGCUUAUCCAAAUACAUAUACGACUUUUAUGUUUAGAUUUGUAGCUCAUAAAGUGGUAAUAGUACAGUGCAGACACUUUGUUUUGUUCUUCUAGCACGUCCACGACAUCCAGUCAAGGGAAGGACUCUCUCUGUGACGUUGACAUUUCAUUACCAGGAGAGAAAAAGAGGGUUCACCAGAAGGUGCAAACUCCUCAUAAACUCCAAGAACAGAAAGGUCGGAUUAUACUUUGCCAGACAACAUAUGAAAAAGUCAGACCAGUUCUGGCACAGCAUCUUUUUUGGACCGAUUAAACAAAGAUUAAAAGUUUAUCACCCAUUGUUUUAUCCACCUACAGAAUGUCUUGUGUGUGUUGUCGUUUGCAGACAUUCACAUUCUCAGAAUCUAUCAAAUUUGUUCUCUCCCAACGUUCCUGCAGUUUCCCUCGUGGACUUCUUUCGUUUUUGCAAUCUAAGGUCUAAGUCAGUUUCACGCCAACAGUUUCCAAACCACCUCAGUUGAUGAGGAAAUGUUGAAGGGAUGUCCCACAUGUGACCAUUAAACGCCUUGUUUAAUGGUCACAUAGAAAAAUAUUGGACGUAUGGAAAAAAAAAAAAAAAAAAAAUCAUAAAUGUUUGCUCCAGUAUGAAAUUGUCUAAAAGUGUCUUAACAUGUAUGUACCUAAUUGUAUACAAUAUAAUCCUUGAGUAUUGUUUAUUUUAUUACUUUACACCCUGACAUUGGGCAUCAGAAUAGUGGGCAGUGAUGACUUGUGUUACUGAAGCAGGGUGAUGGCUACUGUAUCUCAUACACACGGCUUGAAUACCUCUAUCCAUAUCUAUUUUGCGUAGGUAUUAGACAUCACUUAGUGGCUGUUGCUUCUACUUAUUUUAGACAUCCCAAACUAAUGUCAAGGCUACAACAUUGUACGUUGUUGCGCAUUAAACAAAGUGUAUGGACUUGCACGUCUCGUAAUUUAAAGCUGCAUUUGACGCUUUUUAGUCACGUGGGAAAUGGUUGAUUUCAGUUCUGGUUGAUUUUCCGUCCUGCAGCACACGGAGCUCACGCCGUCUGUGAGGUGUGAGAAACACAACGUCUUUGAAACAAUCGAGGGCUUCCAGUCUCUGCUGCUGCUGCUUCAAAACAGUGUCAGGCCUCAUUUUCCUCUCAAAUACGAUUCCAGUAAUAAUCUAAUUAUGCCAUAUAUUUUAAUAAAAAAUUAAUUAAUUAAUGAAAAUCAGUGACAAGGCAACGUUUUACUGCAGAACAACUCAUUUUACUUUUCUAAAACAACAUUUGAAUACAGGCAAAAUAUCUGAAUACUUUUGUGUAAUGCUGCUGAUGUGUGAUUUGAUUAAAUCAUUAGAACAAAGACAAUUUAAUGGCAUCAAAUAUUUCAGUCUGAAGUCAUUUUCCUAAAGGGGACUUUUGGUCAUAAACGCUGCUGGAGGAAAAAUAAGUGAAGACGUAAAGCAGAGUAAAAUGACUUUUAGUUGCAUAUGCAACUGUAAUUUAUUCAUAACAACCUUACUAAAAGGUCACAUUGAUCUGAUCCAGCUUUUGUGAUCGUUUUCUAUGUUUUUCGGUCAGAUCUUUAAGCAGCUGUCAGAUACAUACAGUAUGCGGACACACAUCCUGUAAGGACAGAGACUGGGAGAGUGAAGGAAAAGACAUCUGCUCAUAACGUUAUUUUAGAGAAUCUUCAAGUUCAUUUUAAUCGAUAAAAAUGACACAGAAACGCCCUCCAUCCAACCUGCGCUCCAACGCAAAGCAAUUUCCAUUUUCUCCCUUUGUUUAAAUGAUUGGUAUGAGAGGUUAACAUACACCGAUCAGCCAUAACAUUGUGACCGUAUGGUUAUAGUCACUGGUCAAAUGAAUAGCCCUGUCAGUGGGUGGGAUGUAUCCGAUAGCAAGUGGACAUUUUGUCCAGGCACAAGCAGGAAAAAUUAACAAGCGGUCAAUCUGAUGGCAAGACGACCGGCUCAGAGCAUCUCCAGGAGGACGAUCAGUAUCUAGCAAAAGCAGGUCAAACUACAGGACUAACUGCUGAAAAAGUUCAUGCUGGUUUAAACAGAAAGGUGUCUUAACACACUGUGCAUCACAGGGUUUAUAUCGUGUGGGGCUGAGCAGCUGCAUGUGAGAAUCAGAACUGAACUACGGAGCUAUGCAAGAAGGCGGCUAAGUCUUUUUUUUUUUGACGUCUCAUAGAUGGGUGCGUGAACGUGGUUAGCUGGGGAACAUAUAGCAGCAGGAUUUAAGAAACAUCCACCCUAGCUCAUGGGGCCAUGCUUGGUCUGCAGCAAUGUUCAGAUGGUGGCCCGUAUCAAAGUAACAUCCACAUUAAAGCCUGGGUCCUGGUUUUCAAGAGGAGCAUGACAUCGUCUCAAGAUCAUCAGUGGAGGUUAUUUCACUGGUUUUAAUGUUGUGGCUGAUUAGUGUAUAACCAUUUACAAAAAUACUUCCAUAAACUAUGUAACAGCAGCAGCUAGCCGGGCAAACCAAAGGUCAGGUUUGGUCAAGUAUUUCAGUGGGAAUAAUACAUCGCCUGGCCAAAAAAAAAAAAAAAAAAUGUCACACUCUAAUAUUACAGAGAACCACCUUUAGCUUUGACUACAGCAGCAUUCUCUCUACGGCAUCAUUUCAAUAAGACGCUUCUGCAAUGUCACAAGAUUUUCAUUCAGUGUAGCAUUAUUUUCUCACCAAGAUCUUGUAUUGAAGAUGGGAGAGUCUGGCCACUGCACAAAGGCUUCUCCAGCACAUCUCAAAGAUUCUCAGUGGGGUUCAGGUCUGGACUCUGAUGGAAAAUCCAUGUGUGGAUGUCGUCUUCAACCACUCUUCCACUUUUUGAACCUGAUGAAUCCUGUCAUUGUUAUCUUGAAACAUGGUACAGCAGACACUAGACAAACAGGUUGGUUCCCCACUAUCUUUCCAGGUUUUUAUAAUGAGUAAUAAUGACAGUUCCUAACCCAAUUUUAGUAGCUUCUGCUUCAGUCUCCUCAGAUGUUUUCUCUGCUUGAUGCAUGCCAAUGAUUAGACCCUUCUCAAACUGACCAACAUCUCUUCCAUGACAACGGGAUGCGUCUUUCCACUUGACUGUUGAAGAAAUGACAGCUACUCAUUGCAUCAGUUGGGGUUAUAUAACUUGUUUCCAGCUGAAAGAUAAUCACCCAUGUAGUAAUUAUCCAACAGGAGUUAAAUCCAGGUGGUGAUUUUUUUUUUGGCCAGGCAGUGUAUGUAGACAUCACUCAUGGGUGAAUACUUCAGAGACCACCACAAAAAGCUUGAAUAACAAACUUUGUAUGAACCGAUCUCAACAAACUAUGGAGUUUGUCCUCUCCUUUGGCCCUGUGGACAGGUCAGGGUCAACGUAGGACAGGUCACAGCCAGGUCAGGGCUCAGACACAGCACUCUGCAGCGCCCCCUUGUGUCAGAAUGGCAUCUUCCACAAAGGCACACCAACAGUUCAGAUACGUGCUGGCUCUCAGCCCUGGAGGUUGCUUCAAUUACCCCAAAGUAAGAUGUAAAAAAAAUAAAUAAAAUAAAAUGAAAAUCAUGCUGCUAACACAAAAAACAAAUUAAAAACAAAAAGUUUUUAUUAACAGUUUAGAAAUAUGACAUUGUUUACAUUACCCACUCCUGCUUUUCCGUUUACUCUAGUCCACCCCUUCCCCAAAUAACCCAGAGUGCUGCAAAAAAAACAACAAAAAAAACACAGAAGGACAAAACAGACGCAAAGCCCUGAACCCUCCCAACCCACCCCACGCUCUCGUCACGUACAGGGAAAAAAAAGAAAAAAAAAAGUGCAAGAAUCUGCACUAUAAGGUGUGAAACGGUAAAGAACAGAAAAGACUAAUGCAUGACUUCUUCUAGCCGCUUUUAUCCGUCCUUAACAGAGAACAUUAAACAAACGCUGAAGGACUGCACCGGUGAAAAGCUUGUACGCAAUCUGGCCGGAUCAGAGCUACACAAAUUUGAUACGUGUUCCAAUUUGGCAGCUCAUUUUUAACUCGUUCUCAGCCUACUAGAUAAGAAGAACAUGAUUAGAUGAAAAAAAAAAGAAAAAAGGAAGUCUUGAUGUUGGUGAUGGAUGGGGAUUUCAAAGGAUGGAAAGUUCACAAGCAAGAAUGUUCAGUGAAGAAAAGCAGAUUCAUCAGCCCGAGCACAGGCAGCCUCAUUAUCUACAUCUUAUACGGGAUGCAUUUCCCAAGCAUUUCCAGUCAUGUAGAGUAUCGGGCAGCAUUGUCAGCUACUUCGGAGUUUUGUUCCAUCCCUGCUGGACUACUUUACAGACAAUGUUAUGAGUCUCUAUAUUAAGAAUGCCUUUCAUUUACAUUAAUUUAUGCAUGUCCAAUACAUGUAGCUAAUUAAGAGUAUACCCAAUGUACUACAGGACAUCUGGGAAUCUAAUACAUCUACAUCAAAUCAUCCAAAGAACUCCCCAAAAGCCCCUCCCCUGGCUGUGACCAUAACCAAGGACUUGACUUACUCAGCAAAGUUCAGACGUAGAACAACCAGAAAACAACACGCUAUGGUUGAAGUUACAGCUUGGAGACAGGUGGAAAAGAAAGCAGAGAAGAACGGCACUCAUCCAUGUCAAAUGUCUAUAGUUUCGUUUUUGAAACUGGUCAAAAAAAUGUUUGACCAAUCGAACGGAGCAAUAAAGCCUGAAGGAAAAAAAGAAAAAAAAA